GCCAGGAAGCAAGCGAAAGCGUUCUGUUUCGUGGCCUUCUCGCGAACGCUUGAGUUUGGAUGCAUUGCCAUGUCAACACGUGCAUGCAUCAUUCGCAUGUAUUGGAUACUCUAGCUAGAUACUAACCAGCCAGUGAGUAAACUGUUCGAUCACACAACAACAAUCUAUCACAAAGCAAGAGUAACCAAAACCGAACAUCAUCAACAUCAUCAUACAUACAAUCAAGUUUUAUUUUAAUUGAAGAAUGAGCGAAAUGAGCGAGCGCACACGGUUGGAACAACAAUUCCAUGUCAUGGUCUCGUUGGAAGGAGACGAUGCCGACGACUUGGUGGAAACCACCAGACGAUUGCGUGGUAUGAAGAAUCUCGAAAAAGCCGAUCUUUUGGUGGCGCAGUCUUUUACGGGAGGCAACUCUCUGGAGUUUCAAGAACUAAUCAAAGCCAUGGCAAGUCUGCCCCAUUUGAGGUCACUGACCAUCAGAUCCAGUACUUCCUUUCGAGGUGGUUGGGUACAGUUGCCAUUUUCAGUACUCCAAACCAUAGUGCCAAAGACAUCAUUGAAAUGCCUCUUCUUGUCCUUUGUGGACUUUGUGGUCACCACCAAAAACAAAGAUGAUAAUUGUAAGUGCCCUGUCUAUGGAUUGGUCCAAUUAUUAUCAUCACAACAACAAGACAGCAACAACCAUCAUCAUCAUCAUCAGCCACAACAUCAACUCAAAGAAGUACGAUGGAAUCUGGGGGGAUGUCGCAAGCUUUCCAGAAAAACUCAACAUGCCAUUCUCAACAUGCUACAACACCACAACUUUACACUCGAAGUAUUUGCCUUUGAUGAAAAAACCAAGAGACAGAUUCCUACAUACAAGCUACAGAAAAUACACUUUUACUUGACACUCAACCAAGCAGGAAUCAGACAAAGAUUGAUGGAUCCCACUGCGCAGCCAAAUCAGCACGAUUGGGAGGAGGCACUCAUCGACAAUAGACUACACUCCAGCACGGUCUUUUAUCUAUUGUCCAACAAUCCGACAUUGGUCUGUGCCUAACAUUUACUCAGUCAGUCACUCAAAAAUCACUCACUCAUCAAUCUGCCAGAAUUGAUAUCCAAUUCACUGGCAACUAAGUCAAUGCAUAAUCAUCAUCUUCUAUAUUUUAUAUUCUCGUUCCAGGGAGGGUUUGCCCUUCUCAAACUAGACAACUGACUAACUGGUUAUAGCAAGAGUUCAGUUUUCUAUAGAAACAGAAGAUACAGAUGCUACCCGUACUUUGGAUUAUUCCUCGCGAUUGAUGUAACCACAAGCCUCGUUGUCGGGCACGACCUCCCACUCAGCACCGGUUGGUUCCUCCGCAUCACUGUUUGUCACCACAUCAAAGCCAUCUUCGUCAGAGUCGGUAGCAUCUUCGUCCCACUCAUCACCCAUCCAGGAACCAUUGUCACG